GUGGCGCCGAUGGGUCGGGGCCGGCGUUCCCGCAGCUGUUCGCGCUCCCGCAGUCGCUCUCGCUCGCGCUCCCGCAGGGGCCGGGGUAGCCGCUCGCGCUCGGUGGGCGACGGGGACCGGCGACGACGGCGGAGCCACUCGGCCCAGAGCGGCAGGAGCAGCGAUGGCGGAGGAGGGCGAAGGCGCGACGAGCGGCGGCGGCGACGGCGGGAGGAGGAGGAAGAGAAGCGACGGAGGAGGUCGCGGAGCCGGGAGCGGAGAGGGCGGCGGGACAGCUCAGAUUCUGGGGAAGAGAGGCAAAGAUGGAGGAAGCAGAGGAGAAGUAGAAGUUCAGAGAGGCACUAUAAAAGCCAGAGGAGGCUUCGUUCCCAAUCACGGGAUCCUCCUUCUGCCUCCGACCCGGAAAAUGAGAAGAAAAACCGAGGAGGUGGGAGGAGCAGAAAACGAUCCAACUCCAGGUCUUCAGUCUCAUCAGUCUCCUCGCCAUCCCCUUCCCCCUCUCGCUCCCAUAGUCCCCAGGAGGAUCUGGGCAAACAGUUGAGCCUCCAGGAACGCUUGAGGCUGAAGGAGGAGAAGAAGCAGCAGGAGGAGAUGAUGAAGGCCUUUGAAACCCCCGAAGAAAAACGAGCCAGGCGGCUGGCAAAGAAGGAAGCUAAAGAAAGGAAGAAACGAGAGAAGAUGGGUUGGGGAGAAGAGUACAUGGGCUACACAAAUACUGACAACCCAUUUGGAGACAAUAACUUACUGGGAACCUUCAUAUGGAACAAGGCCUUGGAGAAGAAGGGUAUUGGCCACCUGGAAGAGAAGGAACUGAAGGAGAGAAACAAGCGAAUCCAAGAAGACAACCGCCUUGAACUGCAAAAGGUGAAGCAGCUGCGAUUGGAGCGGGAGAGGGAAAAGGCCAUGCGAGAGCAGGAGCUGGAAAUGCUGCAACGGGAGAAGGAGGCAGAGCACUUCAAAACGUGGGAGGAGCAAGAAGACAACUUUCACCUUCAGCAAGCCAAGCUGCGCUCAAAAAUCCGCAUCAGGGAUGGCCGAGCCAAGCCCAUUGACCUGCUGGCCAAGUACAUCAGCGCAGAGGAUGACGAUUUGGCGGUAGAGAUGCAUGAGCCUUACACUUUCCUCAAUGGCCUCACCGUGUCUGACAUGGAGGACCUGCUAGAGGAUAUCCAGUUUGCCAUUAUUGACAAGGUUUUCCAGGGCCUGGCUGUGGAUGUGGGGUUCCAGCUGCAGCCCCAGGGGCUCUUUCCUGACUCAGGAUCCAUUGAUUCAACCCCUCUCUCUUAUCCACACCCCUUCCCUUUGGCUGCUUUAUUUCCUGGCCAGAUGUUCUGA